AGUGGAUUGGUGGUGUUUUGCACUAUUUGCAUUUUCGUUUUGUCACUUUGCUUUCACCGCUGUUGGAGUAAAGUAGAAGCGAUAAGUACGUUCGUGAAGCGAGACACUUUGAAAACAAAUUUUAUUUAUAAUUUUUAUACGUUAAAUUAUAUUUUGAAUUUUUUGAUUUUGAGUUUUUCGUAUAUUUUUGACAACUUAAAUUUGAGCUUUUGCAGAAAGUUUUAUCAGUUUUAAUUCUCGUUUUUUAACAAACUUGUUUGGAAGUCAUUUUUAAGCCGGAACCAUCGGGAGGCAAGAAACAAACAUUGGUGUGUUUUAUACCUGAGCACGUGAGAAAAUUUCGCAAAGUGAAAUUUAUAUUAAAUUCCCUCAAGUCGUGUCUUUGAUUAGAAUCAUCCUAACGUCUCGUCCUAAAACACAAACAUACGAACACGUUCUUUCUCGGCGCGGUCGUCCGGUUUGUUGCAAGUUGUUUUCUUCUAUACCUACCUACCAACUUAAUCUACAGUGCGGCCCUGUUAAGUUGAACGUUUUUCCUAUAAAAUAGACAAGUUUGAUGUGCUUCUUGUUUUUCCAUCAAGAGUGUCAUCGUUGGGAAAAUUAAUUGCAAGUUCGUAGAAAGUAUCCGGAAAAUAGGACAGAGUGUGGAAUGCUGUAAACAGUUUUGACCCUAUUGUGGAUUCUGUGGAUUUUUUUUGAAGAGUUCGUUUUGAAUAUUUAAAGACUUAUCGUGAACUUAUUACCUUUUCGUUUUCACAACAAAAGCAAGAGUGAUUAAUAAUUAAGCAUCAUGAGUGCGGAUUGUGGUCUCUGGAUUGCCAAAUAUAUACUUUGUAUAUUUAACUUUUUCUUCUUCGUCUCUGGCACAAUUGUGUUAAGUGCUGGAAUAUGGCUGGCUGUCGACAAAGCAUCCCUAAUUGCUUUGACAAAAAUGGCAGAUAAUGAGGAUAUCUAUCAAUUUACCCAGCCAGCCGUGAUAGAACAAAUGGCCUACGUGUUAAUCGUAUGCGGAGCGAUAAUGUUCGUAUUAAGUUUCUUAGGUUAUUGUGGUGCGAUACGAGAGUCCAAAUGUCUGCUGACUACGUAUGGCGUAUUUAUGAUCUUGCUUUUGGUCACCGAAUUCACCGUUGGAGGACUCGCCUCAGCCUAUAAAGAUCGAGCAAGAAGUGAAACAAAAUCAUUCCUACAAUCAACCAUAACCAAAUAUUAUUCAACUGGCGAACAUACCGAUGCUGUGACUUUAAUGUGGGAUCAAAUGAUGGGAACAUUCUCAUGUUGCGGUGUUGAAAAUUACCGUGAUUUCGAAUCAUCUGAAAGUUGGGUAGCAAAUAAGAAAAAUCGUACAAUUCCCGAAGCAUGUUGUGUCCUUACUAACAUUGCCAAGUCGAUACCACGUGACGAAAAUUGCACGACAAAUCCAUCCGAGGGAAAUAGUUAUUUUGAAAAUGGUUGCUAUAAUGCCUUCAUUGACUGGAUUUUGCUUCACAAGGAAAUCGUUCUCGGAGUCCUUCUUGGAGUUGGCAUCGUCCAGCUCUUGGCAAUAUUCCUCGCAUUUUGUCUUUGCAAAUCCAUUGCAAAAUACCAUGGAAUGAGACUGUAGAUAAUUUUGUCACUUUAGAUUGUUUAUUAUACCAUCGAAACAUAAACAAACAAACCUCUUUUGGUAGCCAUUUUUAUCUAACUUGAUAUUUGAAAAUUGUUAUACAUAGAGAACAUAAUAUUUUGUGUUAAGUCAAAUUGACAAUCUAUAAUUUAGAGAUAUACCAGAAAAGGUACACUAUGUUACCCAAAAAAUUAAAAUCUAUAUUUUAAAACUCGAAUUUUGAUAAUUUUUUGAUAUUAACGAUCACUGCGCUGAUUGAUCAUCACAAAACUCUUUAUCUAUCUCUGACGACGUUCUAACUACUUUAUUUUUCAACAAUAAGUAGUUUAGAUAGAAAAUAUUUAGUUGUUAUUUUUUAUGUAAUCAAACUCUGUUUUUUUCAUAAUUUAGGUUAAUCUAAAAAAGAGAAAGUGUACUAUACAUUGAAUUAAUUGAAAAAAGUACACUUACUUAUCAUAGUAUUCAACAUAAGAAAUAUAUGUGAUUAUGUUUCAAAAAUAAAAUAUAUAAUAAAUCUUAUGUAAGAUAAUUAGGUCAUAAGUGUUAUGAAUAGAUAUUUUUCUAUUAAUUAAUAUUUAAAUGUUAUAUUCAAUUUAAACAAAUAAAUAUUAUUAUUUACAAAACGA